AUGAAGACAACUGCCGAACUGCCACUACGCAUACUAACACACAAUAUCCGAUAUGCAACCGGUUCCCCAUUCAAGGGUGAGCUGCUAUGGGAUGAUCGCAAGCAGCCUCUCUUGAAUGAACUGCUUUUCAAUACCCGCAAUCAGGAUGCAUUCAUCUGCCUACAAGAAGUGCUCCAUAAUCAACUGGUCGAUGUUCUAUCCGGACUGAACCAACAUUCUUCUACUGUUCCCACAAGCGGCUCUGAGACACAACAAUGGGAAUACAUCGGAGUCGGUAGAGACGGUCACAAAGCAGGAGAAUAUUCGGCCAUCUUCUAUCAACCGUCGGUCUGGCAGCUUCAUCACUGGGAAAGUGUCUGGUUGUCGGAAACGCCGAACAAACCAUCCAAGGGCUGGGAUGCGGCGUCUACACGGAUUCUGACCAUCGGUGUCUUCACGCACAAUAUGACUCGCCAUACCGUCCUUGCGAUGAAUACUCAUCUAGACGACCAGGGAUCUCGGUCACGCUUCGAGGCUGCCAAAAUCAUUCUGCAGAAGAUCGAUGAGUACAGAAGCGGCGAAUUUGGGGACUCCAUCGCAGGGGUUUUUCUUGCUGGGUCGGAAUCCUCCUUGGUCGACACGGCAAAGGUUGUGGAACCUAGUCAGCACUACGGGGAUUAUUAUACAUGGACAGGGUUCGGGUUUGAGGGGCAGGAUCCCACGCGCAUUGAUUAUAUCCUGCUGGGACCUGGGAAGAACAAACUUGGUUCCUGGAAGGUCAACGGAUACGCCGUGUUGGCGAACCGGUUCGAUUCUGGCGUGUAUCUGUCAGAUCAUAGGGCCGUCGUUGCCGACGUCACCUUGUACCACUGA